AUGUCGAGUAUAUCCUUCAACGUGCGCCACGAGAAAGAUACCAAGCGUGUGACUAUCACCAGAAACUCGGCUGUCGGCGAUCUUUUGCAAUUGGCAUGUUCCAAGUUUGGGUUGGCUAGCGGUGAAUUGAUUUAUAACAAGAAGAUGUUGGAUGUGUCGCUACCCAUCAAGUUUACUAAUCUUUUAAAUAAUGGGACUCUUGAACUAAAGGCAAAGACUUUGAUCCAGAAGACAAUUGUUGUGAAAGUGGUGUUCCCCGACAACUCGGCUGUGAUCAAGAAAGUGUCAAAUACGAUGAAAUUGGCGGAUUUGGUGUCGGAAUCUGGUAUCACCACCCCUACAAAUGAAUUAUCUGUGGGCUAUUUACAGAAAUCGGUGCUUGCCAGCGACAAUGAAUCGAAGGAGUUGCAUGAACUCAUAGGUGAUGUGGAAAAUGCGGUGUUGAGGUUUGGUGUGUUGAAGGAUGUGAGUGUUGAACAACGUUUGGUUGUGGAGCGCCAGUUGAAAUUGCAGCAGCAGCGGCAGGAAGUGAAAAAACAGAAGCUUGAAGAGGAAAAUGAUAGAAAGCUGGAGAGUAUGAGAGAUUUGGCGGUGUUGGAGCUGAAGAAGAUCCUGGAUAAUCAGACGGUACUGGAAAUUGAACUGGAAACCCAAAGGGACAAGCCGUCUGAAAGUGAUGAUAUGGAGGUCGACCCUCAGACUCGAGAACUAGAAUUAUCGGUUGACCCUUGGAACCAGGCACCAGAAAUAUCGGUUGACACAAAAGUUAAGCUGUCCACAAAAAAAUCUGUCGAAACAACCGUAACAGCUCCUACAUCAACUGACAAAGCAUCUGUAUCAUCCACAGAAACAGCUCAAGACUCCGACGUGGUGUACAAGCCCACCAGUGUGCACAUAUACGAAAAUCCUGAUGAGGACUACGAGUUUACUGCUGCUCAUGCUCGAAUCUACCAAAACUUGGUCAAAUACAAGAACCCUAAACGCAAAGCACAGACCAAACAAAAGUUGGAAGCCAUAUACAAGUUCCGUAUAAAGUUCCCCAACAGCUAUAUUCUUGAAGUGCACCUUUCUAACACCUGUAAGUUCGGAGAGCUCAUCAAGAAGAUAGAUACUUAUGUUGCUGACGACUUUAAAUCCAACUACAUCUUGAAGUUGAGUUAUCCGCCCUUCAAAAAGUAUGAAAUUUCAUUUGCACUCAACGGUACUCCAUUGGCUGAAAUUGAAGAGUUUGACUCCCAGAUCUUGCUUAUAUUCGAACCCAACAUCCCUGGUACUAGCUUCUUGAAUGGCAGUGUCAACGAAAAGGAGUUUAGUGACAUGCCUGAAAUUCAACUCGAAGAACACAGACACAGUUUACCGGAAGAUGACACGUCUUCGAAGCUGAAAUCUAGUUCGGGAGGCAAGAAGACUCCUAAAUGGCUUAAACUUGGGAAGUAA